UUCUUUGUCAACGCCUUCGCCCACCAAAACCACAAGCAUUGAAUAUUAAACAUAUCGAAAAUUAAUAUUAAGAUCUCCAAAGUCAACUAUCUCUCUCUAUCAAAUUCCCAGCUAUGAGCUUUUAACUCUGAUAUAAUCCUGUUUCUUUCUCUCUUUUUUUAUAUCUCUAUCUAUAGGAAAUAGUUUUCUGGGUUUCUUGAGAAAUGGGCAACGGAAUAGCAAAGAUUAAAUUGUGCUUCGCCGGAGACCCUGGAGAGAUUUCUCGGCGUCACGAUAUAGCCGUCUGCUUGACGGACACUCUUGAUGAAGGCUUUGGUCAUUCCUUCUGCUACAUACGGCCCGACGCACCUCAUAAAAUCAUCCAAGAUGACUCUGCGACAGCGUGCAUCCCAUCAACUCAAACGGCGGCGUUUCGUACUAUCUCCGGCGCCUCCAUCUCCGCCAACGUCUCUACCCCUCUGUCGACGGAUCCUUUCCGGUAUGCUAGUUCGACCUCCCUUGAUAAGGCCUCGGCUUUUGAAAGCUCCCAGUUUUUCUCUUCUAUUCCCCUCCAGCCAAUUCCCAGGAAUUCAAUUUCCUCCGUCAAGUCCGGCCCGAUCUUGAGGAAUUCGGUCCCGGGUUCUGGCCCGAUAGAGCGUGGAUUUAUGUCUGGCCCGAUCGAGCGCAGCUUCCUUUCAGGCCCGUUGGAGAACCAGUUUGAUCAGUUGCAGAGGUACAGGCCCAAAUCCAAGAAAUGGGCUGUGAUUGCCAAUUUGAAAAAGGUGAUAUCAAAAUCAUUACGGGGUUUAUCUAAAGAAUUGAAUAAUAAUGAACAUAAUAAUGGAAUAUCUAGUGGGAGUCAUAGUGGUUAUAGCAGUACUAUUACUAGUAAUAAUUUGAGUAGUCAAUUGAGCUUAAUUGAUGAUAAUGAUGAUGUUGGAAAUGAAUCCUUUGGGAGUCAAAAUGUGCAGUGGGCACAGGGAAAGGCCGGUGAAGAUAGAGUUCAUAUUGUGAUUUCUGAGGAACAUGGAUGUGUUUUUGUUGGGAUUUAUGAUGGUUUUAGUGGACCUGAUGCCACUGAUUUCUUGUUAAACAAUCUUUAUUCCAAUGUUUACAAGGAGCUUACUGGAUUAUUAUGGUUCGACAAGUCAGAAUCGUGCGAAAAUACCCUCGAUAGUCAGUCGUUUAUGUCCAAGAGUUUGGAUAGUAAGGAAAGGGUGGAGUUGGAUAGAAAGUUAAGGGAGAAAUUGAGUCAUUUGGAGGCUGAUGUGGUUCAAGGAAAUACUACUAUUAACCAUUUAGGUGUGUUGAAAGCUCUGUCCGAAGCAUUGAGGAAGACUGAGGCAUCGUAUUUAGAAAUCGCUGAUAUGAUGCUAAUGGAGAAUCCCGAAUUAGCCUUAAUGGGAUCUUGUGUUCUGGUUAUGGUGAUGAAGGAUGAUGAUGUUUACUUGAUGAAUGUUGGGGAUAGUCGAGCAGUUUUAGCGAAAAAGGCUGAGAACGAUGGGAAGAUGAGGAAGGAUUUAGAUGAAAUGCUUUAUGGUGAUGAAUUUGAGAAUAUGCAUAACUUGAGUUCAUGUCAGCUCACAAUGGAUCACAGUACAUCUGUUAGAGAGGUAAUAAACAUAUUUCUUCCCUCUUAUUUGAGGAUGAUUGUCUGGUUUUUACGUCCUCUGUUCAGUGUUCAU